AACACAUCCAUCGUCCUCACAUCCUCGCUCACUCCUUGUAUACUUUCAGAGUUUCAGUGCCCCUCACCUCACUGCUGAGAGUGCCAGCUGACGACAGAGCUGCAUCUUUUCACUAGCCAGAGAAUUUGUUUUGCCAAGUCUGCAACCGCAGAGAGAUCCGAGAGAUGUCGACGGUGACCCGUGCAUCCCUUGAUCAGAAGCUUGCCCUCGCCAAGCGAUGCUCGCGAGAGGCGACCCUUGCCGGAGCCAAGGCGGCAGCUGUGGCAACUAUCGCCUCCGCGAUUCCUACUCUUGCGAGCGUGAGGAUGCUGCCAUGGGCGAAGGCCAACAUCAACCCCACAGGCCAGGCACUCAUCAUCUCAACAGUUGCUGGGAUGGCCUACUUCAUCGCCGCCGACAAGAAGAUCCUCUCGCUGGCGAGGCGCCACUCUUUCGAGGGCGCACCGGAGCACCUCAGGAACACCUCCUUCCAGGGCACCGGUCGCCCACACCCGGCUUUCUUCAGGCCAUGAGAAUGAGAUGAGACAUGCAUGCGCCGAGUUAAUUACCUCUUCAAUUCGUCGUCAGUACGAGCACCAGAGAUCUCGUCGAUGUCUGAAUAAACAGCUGCUAGGCUGAUGAUGCUCUAGCAUCGCACUAAACAUCGAUGAACUAGUAAUAGUACUUAGUGUUGUAAUUACCUUGUACUAUUGUUGCUCAAUUCAGAAAAUAUAAUGAAUGCAAAUUUAACUUCUGUUUAGUUACCAA